CAGGGCGGACGAAUUCCAAAAAGGAGUUACUUCGGUUCUAAGAGAGGGCGCUGUCAGUUCAUAAUACCAACCUCCACGAGUCAGUUGGGUUCUAUUCGGAUUAUUACUUAUUGAAAAUGAUACUCUUUGUGUGAAAAAUUUAAAAGUCCGUCUUAGCAGGUGUGUAGUAUCUUAGUAUCCUCAAUAUCGACGGGUUGAAUUCUAUUGCAUCAUUAUUGAUUGUCCAUACGACAUUAUUCUGUUGGCAACUCUGCUUUUCGGGUAGGUCGUCCUCCAUUCUAAAAGCUGAAGUCAGAUUCCUGUGUUUACGUACCGUAAUAUUCCGUUAAUAAAGUAGUUUUAGCCUUAGAAAACUAAAUUGUUUCAAUUGUGUGACAAAUUUUAUUUCUGUUGACGAACGAUUAAUAACCCUUUGGAUUUAGCUGAUUCACAUCCGUUGACCUCACAUAAUGCAGUAGGUUCACUCUUAAAAGUUGUAGGCUCCCCUCGUAUCUAUUAUCUUCCAAGUUCUAAGAUGUCAACUGAACAAGAAACUGUUUCCGUUCGAGGAGGAUACAAUACAACAGAUAGAGUGACUGAUAUGCUAAAUCAUAUUGGAAAUUUUGAGAGAUUACAUGAAAAUGUGGCAGGCACUUCACACAGAGAGUGGAAUGCUAUUGAAGAACCUGUUAACCUUAGAAAAGAGUCUGAACGACUCAAAACAUUUAAAAACUGGCCAGUCAACUUCCUUGAAUCCAAAAAAUUGGCCUUGGCCGGGUUUUAUUACUUGAGACAAGAUGAUAAAGUGCGUUGUGUAUUUUGUGGUAUUGAACUUGGUAACUGGAGACCUGGGGAUGAACCAAUGAAAGACCAUGCUCGCUGGUCUGGUGGAUGUCCUUUUGUAAAUAAAGAACCUGUUGGCAACAUUCCUCUAGAAAAUGAUGAUGAUGAUCACUCUUCUGAUAGAAACUCUGGUUUUGAUACUUGUGGGCCUUUCGGUCUACAAAUUCAAAGUUGUGGGGAUUCAACAGCUCUUCCUGAAAAUCCUAAACUAAUGGAAAGCCCUAAUUUUUUGAAGACCAGACCACCUUCAUUUCCAGAUUAUGCUACAAUUGAUGCAAGGCUACGGUCCUAUGAUACUUGGCCUAUAUCUCUGAAAUUAAAACCUAAAGUGCUUAGUGAAGCAGGUUUUUUCUACACAGGAAAAGGAGAUCAGACAAUAUGCUAUCAUUGUGGAGGAGGUCUUAAAGACUGGGAAGAGACGGACGAACCUUGGGUUGAACAUGCUCGGUGGUUCUCAAAAUGUCCAUUUGUUUUAACCCUAAAAGGAAAGGCAUUUGUUGAAGAAGUAUGUGGCAAAAAAGCUGAAGAGGAUUUAAAAUCUGCUCAUCUGAAUGGAUUAAGCUUGAGCAGCAGUACAGGAGAUUUGGAGAAAAUUCAAACCUUCACUCCUAGUGUUGAAAAUCAAAAGUCCAUAAAUGAAAGGAAUGAUGAAGAAAGCAGCGCAGAAAGUUCUUCUUCGGGUAUAGGAUCUCGGAGUAGUUCAAGAGGCAGCUCAGAUGUUCUUCUUUGCAAGAUAUGUUACACUGAAGAAGUUGGAGCAGUCUUUCUACCUUGUGGUCACAUGAUGGCCUGCGUCAAAUGUGCAUUGUCUCUUUCAACUUGCGCAAUAUGUAGGAAACCUGUUACUGCAUUUUUUCGAGCAUUUGUCUCCUGAGGACCAGUUGAGAAACAUUCAAUCUCUAGUCAAAAGAGAGUUGACACAAGAAAGUGUACACAAGAAAAACAUUUUUAAAGGUUAUAUAAAGUAUGGUUGGAUUAUUUUUAUUGCAUCAUAAUUUUAAGAAUAUUAUCUCCUACUUCAAGAAUAUUUAUUUGUGGGUUUUUAAUCAAUUUCAUAAUGCUAAUUAGACAGGUCAAAGCCUUAAAAAUUUUAAUUUAAGUAGAUACUAUUUUAUUUUAUUUAUGUAUAGCCUGUUUACAAAUAAUUCUUACCUAAUCUCUUGUAUGCAAAUAAAUAUUUUGUUAAUGUUGGAGGAGUAAAUUUUUAUUGUCUAAGUCAUGAAAAUAAUCCAGCCAUAGCUCUAUGCCUCAAGAAGCUUAUCUUUUAUUGUUGGUAAUAACAAUGAUAAUGAUACAAAUGUAUUAAAACUUGUUUACAGUAGUAUUAUUUUGUUUUAUUUUUAAAUUCUGCUUUGUAACUAGUUAAAAUAUUAAUUACUUUAUACAUUUGUCAUAAUUUUACUUACACAAUACAUUAAAUUCAAAAGGGAAUAAUCUCAAACCUCCGUGAAUAGUAGCAAAGGGUAGUGUCAUCAUUAUUAGGAAAGAUAAUUUAUUUACUUUAUUUUUAUAUAAAGAUCUUAUCAGUCAGUCAAUUGCCAGGAUUCGUUUUCAUAUUUCAUUCUUAGAGGUCAAUAUAAAUACUCGUUCAUUCUUUUGAGUGGCAUUUAGAUCUUUCUAAUAGAAAUUAAUGUUGUUUUUUUUAACUGCAACCUUUUUUUUGUUUUUAAAACUCACAUAAUCCAUUUAUAAAUGUACUUGUUAUAGAAUUAAUUUCUUUUAAUUAUCUCAAAACCAAAGCUAGAUGCUAUUAUUUACUUUUUCAUUUAAAAAUGUCAUCACAUUUUUUAUUUGCACUAUGCAGCUAUACACAUAUAUAAUAUAAUUAAAGUUAUUUUUGUUAAAUCUUUUUGUAAAGUAUAUUUAUUUAGUUGUUCACUGGAUAGUGUCGCAAAAAAAUAAAAUAUAAGUAUUCACUGAAUACACUAAUAACCAUUAAUAAUUUAUAUUUAUAAUUUUCUAUAUAAUGGAUUGAUCUAGUGAUGUUUUGAAGAAAUUAUUGGAAUUGUUAAUGAACAUUAUUUUCGAAGUUUGGUUUUUGUAGAAGUGAUAUCUGAUCAAUGUUUAAUAUAUUUUAGUUAAUUUGUCAAACAAAUUUCUUUGAAUGCCCCAAAAUAUAACUU